AUGGUGUAUAAAACUGGCAUGUGGAAAGCGCAAGCAGUUGUUUUGGAACCAUCCUGCUUUAAGGGACAUGGUGCAGUGGCCACAGAUUCAAAAAUAUGCUCUGAAAUCGGAAGGGACAUCCUGGCGAAGGGGGGCUCAGCAGUGGAUGCUGCCAUAGCAGCACUUCUGUGCAUUUCUAUCAUCCACCCACAGAGCAUGGGUCUUGGUGGAGGACUGAUGUUCACUGUGAUGGAGAAAAGCGGCAAGGUGAAGAUCAUAAAUGCAAGAUCGACUGUUCCUCAAAAUUAUAACCCAAACUUGUUGAAGGAUUGUUCCAGAAGGGACAGGACAGGCAGUCAGUGGAUCGGUGUCCCAGGUGAGAUCCUUGGGUAUGAAGAGGCACACAGGCGCUAUGGGAAGCUGAACUUUUCUGACCUGUUCCAGCCUGCCAUCAAACUGGCCAAAGAGGGUGUCACAGUUUCCCACAUCCUGGAAUACCAUCUUCAGCAGCACUGUCUAUCUGUCGAUGCAGCACCACUAUGUAAGCUGUUUUAUAAGAAUGGGACACUGCUGAAAGCUGGAGACACAGUGAAGUACAACAAGCUGGCAAGAACAUUGGUGGUCGUUGCAGAGGAAGGGACCAAAGCCUUAUAUAAUGGGACAAUAGCACAGGACCUAAUCCAGGAUAUAAAGGAUGCAGGUGGAAAGCUGUCCUUGAAAGAUUUGCAAUCAUUCAAAGUUGAAGUGACAGAUGCAUGGAAUGUAUCCAUAGGAGAGUACAAAAUGCAUUUCCCCCGACCCCCAGCAGGGGGAGCUCUUAUUGGUUUCAUCCUCAAUGUCAUGAAAGGUUACAACCUCAGUUCAGACUCAGUAAAGGGUGAUGGAAUUCAAACUUAUCACCGCUAUGUUGUGACGUGUGACCAUGCAAACAAACAGAGGAACUAUACGCGCGACUACAGCUUCGUGUCUCAAGAGUUCAGGAAUGCAUCAGAAAAAUUGAUAAAAGAAGAGUUUGCAGCUGAACAGAGACAACAGAUUGACGCCAAGAUUGCCAGCAACCUUCUGGGUUAUAAUACCAAUUCCAUUGUGGACAGUGUGGGCACCACACAUAUAUCGGUUCUGGAUGAGAACGGCACAGCAGUUUCAGUUACCAGUACCAUCAACGACCCCUUUGGGUCCAAGGUGUACUCUCCCAAAACGGGAAUCAUCCUCAACAACCUACUGGCUGAUUUCUGUGAACUUGCAGAUCGCAUCUUACCUGGGGAGAGGCCCCCUUCCUUCACAGCUCCUUCUGUGCUCUACUCUAAAUCCAAGCAGGAGACGCUGGUGAUUGGGGGGUCAGGGGGCCAAUGGAUCACCACUAGGGUAGCGCUCGCACUCAUGAAUUACCUGUGGUUUGGGAAGGAUCUGGAACAAGCUAUUAAGGACCCUGUGGUAUUUGUGAACUCCACAUACAGACUGGAUUUUGAGACGGGGUUUAACCAGGCUGUGAAGGAUGGACUGAGGGGUAAAGACUACGAAGUAGGAGUGUUAAAGAACAACUAUACGGCCGUCAAUGCUGUGCUGAAGAAGAACAACUGCAUCACUGCAUGGUCAGAUAAAAGAAAGGGUGGGGUAGCAGCAGGCUACUGA